AACGACGUAAUACUACAAGAUCCAGAAAAUGUGGCCUUUAUUAUACGCAGCACUUGUCUUCCAAGUGGCCCGAUGUACGGACAUGCCUCUAUUUGAGACAAGAGCUCAUGACCCUGGAGAAACACUUACUCUCACCUGUCCACGUUCUGUCAAAACUACAGACAUAUCAACAUUUCACUGGAUCAGAGUUCUUUCUGGAAGUUACCCAGAAUUUUUAGGAGCAACUUUCUCAUUUGAAUAUGAAGGUGUUAACAAGACUCCUCACACCACGACAAAACAAGGAGUUGGAACGUUCGAUCUGAUCAUACAUCAGUUGUCUCUCACUGAUACUGGAUUUUACUACUGUGUGAAAGUAGAAGAUCUUGAGAUGGAAUUAGUAUUUGGAAUAUUUCUAAUAAUUAAGGACCCAGCCUCAGCCGUGAGAGUGGAGAGUCCAGAUCUGUCUGGUCCAGUGGACUCAGGAGACUCUGUGGAUCUUCAGUGUUGGGUCCAGAUGGAGAAUGCUCAGUGUUUUGAGGAGCACAUGGUUUGGUGGUUCAGGUCUGGACUGGACCAGUCUGGUCCUGGUUUAGUCUACACUCAGAGGAACAGCUCUGCUCAGUGUGACAGGAGCACAGAAGAUCCUGGUCCUCACAAAUGUCUCUACACUUUCUCCAAAACCAUGAGCCCCUCUGACGCAGGGACGUACCGCUGUGCUGUGGCAGCCUGUGGACACAUUAUCUUUGGAAAUGGAACUAAAGUC